AUGGAAGCCUCCAUGCAGGUGCAGGAACUGCCGCCGAGCGCGCCCCGUGCGCAGGCGCGGCGGCGCAUGCCAGCCUCCUUUGCUGCAGGACCUCCGAGCCUUCACGAGGACUUGCCACGCGCGCCGAAGCGGGCGAAACGGGUGGAGCGGGCAGACCCGGUGCCGGUGGUGCCACCAGAGGUGGCCGGCGCUGGAAUGGAAUGCGAUCAGUUCCCAGGUAUGCUCAAGAGCUUGGCGUGUCUCGUGGCGUCCGUCCGCUCCGCGGAGCUGCGAGGCAGUCUGGACGCCUGCAGCGAGGACUCAGCCAUCCCUUGGGCCGAGGUGCGGCGGAGGAUCGCGGAGGUGGAUCCGGCGGCUCCGGCGGAGGACGCCGUCGCCCUGCUGCGCAGCGCCGCCUUCGUUGGGGGCGUGGACCUCAAUGACUGCGACUGCUGGUACGGCUGGAUCACACUCCGCUUCUUCGUGCCUCAGGUCCUCUCCAGCGAGGAACGGCUUCAAAUCUUGGAGGAGCAGCUUUUCCACACGGAGUUCCUCAUUUGGCUCGGCUUUCCCUGGAUGGAGAUGCUGGACUCCGAAUGGAAGCCGCUGGAGGCCCUGGCCGGCAGCGCCAAGGUGGUGCAGCGAGCAAGGAUAGAAGACGAGGAGGGCUGCUCGCCUGAUGAAUAUCGCCUGCUGAAGGCCCUUCCGUCGGAGGUGGACCCAAAGAGAGUCCUCGAAGCCCCGCAGCUGGCGCCUUUGGCGGCUGCGGUGCUGCUGGCCUUGCCAGAGGACAUCCUCAGCCAAGAGCUGUCAGAUGCUGCCAGGCCUGCCCGGUGGGACCAGCCUUGUCCAUCCUUUGCCGCCGCCGCGGCAGCCGCCAUACUGGGCAUGGCGCCCAUGGGAUUCCGGGUGACGCCCGGCUACGGGCUCCGGCUCACGCAGCAGAUCUUGAAGCGCACGGCCAACUUCGGCCUGCUGCGGCUCCUCCGCUCCCCGUGGCAGGUCGCCCAGCUGCUCCCAUUGCUAGCAGCGCACUUGCGCGAAGGCCGCAGUCGGGCCUCCAAGUCCGAGGAUGACUUGGCGGCGGAGGUGAUGGAGUCCUCUCGCCAGGAGUUUCCGGACUUACAUCCGUCCUUCCUGCCGCCCAUGGCCUUCACCGAGAAGCUGAAGCUGCUGCAAGGAGUGGCGACUGCCCAUGCUGCGCUCACGGCAGCACAGGUGCCGUACUUCGCCAUCACCGGCACGCUCUUGGGCGCCGUGAGGCACCACAGCUUCGUGCCCUGGGACGGCGACGCGGACUUCUGCGUGGAUAUCAACGACGAGGUGAGGCUGCUGCAUUUGGUUCUCCUACAAGGCGACGGCUCGGCGGGCCUCGCGGGCGAAGGGACCCGGACCUCCACCAGCUUCAGGCUGCUGCUGAGGGCCAUGACCGUGCUGGCGGCCGCCGGGUUUGAGCUCUGGGCACAUGCGGAACGCCCGCUCACCUUCAAGCUCGCCUCAAGGUCAUCUCCCAGAGUGCCUGGGAAGAUGUAUGGCUACCCCUACAUGGACCUCUGGUUCUGCCACGGCUGGGCGGCGGGGGACUUCUCCUUGCAGUCGGCGACCUUCGGAGUGCCUCUCUCGCGGGAGGCGGUCUUCCCGCGCCGGAAGCUCUUCUUCGCGGGGCUGGCAUUGUGGAGCUUCGGUGAUCCGCGGGAGUCCAUCCUGCAGUACUACCAAGGCAGCAAUGCCCUGGAGUUCUGCGUUGGCCACGACACCUUUCACAGGCAAGAAAGGAAGUACUCCGAGGAGAAUGAGCUUCACCGUUUCGACGGCAACGCGCCCUGCGCGACUCUGGCCGACACCUUCGCCUUCGCGGGGCCGUGGCAGGAAGGUCCGCCGGAGGGCAUCUCUGGCGAUCUGAUCCUGGCAGCCGUGCACAGCUUCCUCCUGCUGCAGGAGCCUCGCUGGGCUUUGGAUCCAGAUCCUACCCUGGCGGGUGCCUAUGAGACCUUCCGCCGGGCGCGCGUGGAGGAGAUGUUGCACGUGGCAUCGGAGGGGCGACUUCGUCCGGGCCAAUUCCAGUCGUUGCAGACGUCACAGCUGACAGCGCCGUUUGGAGAGGCGGUACACCACUUGCUCCAAGCAGCGCUGGCCCUGGAGCCCGCGGGGAGUUGCGACCUGGUGCUGCGCCUGCGGCCCAUCCGCCAGGAGGCUUCAAGCUCCCUCGGCUACGUGGCUUCGCCUUCCGCGGUCUCGAUGCGGGAGCAGAUCCUCGAGGCUGGGGGCCGGCUGCUCCGCUUCGAUGUUCCAAGCUGUGUUUGCCGCAUGCGCUUGGGCAGCCUUGGACUUCAGUGGGUGGCCGAAGACGCGCGGUCUUGA